UUCUUUGUUUCUUUCGUUCCCCUGCACUGCCCUUCUCUCUCGUAGUCUCUCGUCUCGAUUGCUAGGGUUUCGAUCCACGACGACCAGAGAUAUCUGAUCUCUUUCAGUCUCCUCGAACCCAGAUUCGGCGCUUCGAGAGCUCGCGUCCGAGUCCGGCAUCGCGGGAUUUCGUUCUGUAUCUCUUUUGGAAUGCUCGAGAUUGGGCGCUUUCUUUCUGAUAAGAUCUCUUGUUCUCGGAUUUUGAUGAAAUGCUUGUAAUAUCUUGAGGGUGUCUGUUAAGUUUCAUAUGCACAAGAAAUCUACCGCAUGCAUCUCCAUUGACAAGAAGUGUUAUUUCAAGGUUUUGGAUUAAACGAAGUGGUGGGACAAUUACUCUUUUGGAUUAUAGAUGGUUCUUGGUGGUUUGACUAUUUGAAGAUUACUUGCAAUGAUGGAAGUAAUGACUGUUGCACAUGAGAAGGCCAGUGGUCCUUGAUCCAAAAGUUUCUAUACUUUUGAGGCAGCGGCUCAUUUAGUGGUACCUGCGGGCAACUUUGGUAUCCUUGCUGGCAGAGAGCAUGCGCGGAAUCUGUGUUUUGGGUGAUGCCCCUGACCAGAACCGCCGCCGAUGCAAUCGGUGUGGUGACCAUAUCCCUCGUCUCUCUAACUGCCAUUCUGGGCCUAGUUUGCAUAUAUCGUUCUCUGUACUUCCAGUUGCAGAUCCGACGAAGAGGUUUUGCUCAGCUCAACUACUUUAACGGGCCUUGGAUUACACGCAUUUUGCUGAUUCUAGUUGCAAUUUGGUGGGGUUUUGGAGAGAUUGUUAGGCUAACUUUUCUGAAAGAAGAAGGAAGACCCUUUUCCAGCCAACCAUGGCAGAAGAGUGUCUGCAAAUUCUAUGUCCUCUCCAAUUUAGGGUUUGCAGAACCAAGUAUGUUUUUCAUGCUUGCGUUCCUUCUCCAUGCCGCAUUGCAGAAGAGGGAAUCAGACACUCUGAGCCAACGAUGGAACAGAAAGACCAUCAGCUAUGUUCUCUUUUCUUGCCUUCCAAUAUUCAUCGUGCAAUUUGUCCUCAUUUUAGUUGGACCCAUGUUUAAUAAUGAGAAGAACGGCAAGAGAACAAAGAUGUCAAAGUUCUUCAUGUGCACCUAUUCUUUAACCAAUGACAGCAGCGUGUGCACUUAUCCCUUACUGAGCACUAUAGUUCUUGGGAUUUUUUAUGCCCUCCUUAUCAGCUGUGUAACUUGUGUUGGAACCCGGUUGUUGUCCUUGGUGAUCAACAAGGGACUGCGACGAAGAGUAUAUGCUCUGAUGUCUUCAGUUAUCCUUUUCCUCCCAUUUAGGGUGCUCCUCCUUGGGUUCUCUGUCCUCCCUCGCCCAGGCAAUUUGGUCUAUGAGGCCAUUGUGUUCCUAGCCUUCCUCAUGCUGUUAUUUUGCACCAUGGUGGGCAUUUGUAUGCUAGUAUAUUUCCCCGUGGCCGAUUCCCUGGCACUGAGAGACGUAGGGCACAUAGAAAUUGAAGGAAUGCCAUAUGAUGACUACUAUUAUGAUGGUGCUUCUCUCAUUGCUAACCAGAGCCAUCAAGACACAGGUAGGAACUCAGAUGCAUCUACCAAGCAUGGCUCGAUAUCUUUUCGCACUAUGAUCAAGGAUGAAUCCUCACAAACAGAAGGCAUAGGUGAUGUCCGCUUCUUUGCUCAUGGUUCCCUCUACAUUGGUUCACCUUCUGGGUCCCCCCCACUCCCUGGCAGGCCCAUGGAUCCACUUGGAGAAGUUCCUACAAACUGAGAACAAUCUGCAUGUUUUUUGAUUUUUACUUAUCUCUCUCUCUGUUCUCCCAAAUGAUAUCAGUUUUGUGGUAAAGAAAGACUAAUGUAAAGGUGUUUUUAGCAGUCAACAUUCAAACAUGGUUUGCCCAUUGUUCAUAUUGGUAUAUUUUCAAUUCUGCUGUGUUAUUUCCUC